CCGAGGCUGGGGGGGAGUCGUCGCCGCCGCCGCCACCGCUACCGCCGCCGCCGCCGCCGCCGAGGUGACUGAGGAGAGAGGCGCCUCCUCGCUCCCGCCGCCGCCGGACUUCAAUGCCCAGUCCCCAGCUCGCCAGCGUCACAGAGUUGCAGAUCAACAUCCAAGCAAAUAUUUGAAGAAAAGUUAGAGUUACAUGAAAAAGAUUAUGACCUGAAAAAUAUGUGGAUACCUCCAUAGUCAAAAUUGAAGGAAAAAUGAAUCGAGUUAGGAGACCUGGGUUCCUGUCUUUGAUCUGCUACUAAUUAGUGAUGUGGUCUUAGUUUUUCGUUGGAAUAUACGUUGCACAUUUAUGGCGAUUCUGAGCGUGAGGGCAGACUUCUGCCAGGCUCAGCACAGCGUUUUCGCUGACAAGUGAGCUUGGGGGUUCUAUGUGCCAUAAUUAACCUUGCCUUGAAGACUCUGGACACCAAGACUGGCCUCAGAAAUAGUUGGCUUUUUUUUUUUUUUUAUUACAAGCAUAUUUCUUUUAAUGACUCCAGUAAAAUUAAGCAUCAAGUAAACAAAGUGGAAAGCAAUCUACACUUAACUUGUCUCACUAGUGCCUAAAUGUAGUAAAGGCUACUUAAGUUUUGUAUGUAGUUGGAUUUUUUUUGGAGUCCGAAGGUAUCCAUCUGCAGACAUUGAGGCCCAAGUUGAAUUUGGAUUCAAGUGGAUUCUAAAUACUUCUGCUUUACCUUGAAGAGAGAAGCUUCUUAAAGAAUAAACAAGUUGAAUAGAGCAAACACUGAUCGAUAGUAGGCAUUUUAGUGGUCUUUUUUAAUGUUUUCUGCUGUGAAACAUUUCAAGAUUUAUUGAUUUUUUUUUUUUUUUUGUCAUUUUCCCCAUCACACCCAUACACGCACGCUCACACUUUUUAUUUGCCAUAAUGAACCGUCCAGCCCCUGUGGAGAUCUCCUAUGAGAACAUGCGUUUUCUGAUAACUCACAACCCUACCAAUGCUACCCUCAACAAAUUCACAGAGGAACUUAAGAAGUAUGGAGUGACAACUUUGGUUCGAGUUUGUGAUGCUACAUACGAUAAGGCUCCAGUUGAAAAGGAAGGAAUCCAUGUUCUAGAUUGGCCGUUUGAUGAUGGAGCGCCACCCCCUAAUCAGAUAGUAGAUGAUUGGCUAAACCUGUUAAAAACCAAAUUUCGUGAAGAGCCAGGUUGCUGUGUUGCAGUGCAUUGUGUUGCAGGAUUGGGAAGGGCACCUGUGCUGGUUGCACUUGCUUUGAUUGAAUGUGGAAUGAAGUAUGAAGACGCAGUUCAGUUUAUAAGACAAAAAAGAAGGGGAGCAUUCAAUUCCAAACAGCUGCUUUACCUGGAGAAAUACCGACCUAAGAUGCGAUUGCGCGUCCGAGACACCAAUGGGCACUGCUGUGUUCAGUAGAAAGAAGUAUAAACAAAGGCUGACUUGAUUGUACAUUUAGAGGGAACUCUUGGUACCUGGAAAUGUGAAUCUGGAAUCUUAACUGUGUCACCAAAGUAGUGAUGGAUUCAAUACUCCUCAACCACUUUCCUAAUGAUUGGAAAAAAGCAAACAAAAAAGAAAUCCCUCUAUAACAUGAAUAAAAUGUUUAAGAAAAGAAAAAGAGAAAGAAAAAAGGGAUUAAUUCAGUGAAGGAUGAUUUUGCUCCUAAUUGUUGGAGUUUGAAUUUCUGCCAGGAUUGAAUUAUAUCAAAAUCUCCUGUCUUUUUUAACUUUUCAAAAUAGGUCUCUAAGGAAAACCAGCAGAACAUUAGCCUGCGCAGAACCAUCUGUUAGGGGAGCACACUUUUCCAUUAUGCUUGGCACAUAGAUCUCCCUAAUGUGGGAUUUCUUUCUUUCUUUCUUUCUUUCUUUCUUUUUCUUUCUUUUUUUCUUUCUUUCUUUCUUUUGUUUGGUGGUGGUGGGUGUAUAUUUUCCCACUCUUCUCUUCUUUCCCCAUCCCUCUUUUUUCCCCUAAUACAUGUUAUAGAUGGAAUAGGAGAAGCCCUUGUUGCUGUAGAUGUGUGUGCAGUCUGGCAGCCUUAAGCCCACCUGGGCACUUUUAGAAAAAACAAAAAAACAAAAAAAGAAAAAAACACCAAAAAAAAAAAAAAGGCAGUGGCAUAUAUAUUAUAUGAUCCAGGUGGUUUUUAGUCUUUACUGAUGAUGGGGUAUUCAUGUUAGUUUCUUUUCUUGAAAACCCUAUUCAACAUUAGGCAAAGUAGCCAAGAGCCUUUUGUUUUGGUUUUUAUUUUGGUAAAUUAGUGGGGAAAUGGCAUUUUAAGAAUAGUCUUCUCAAAGAACUUGGCUGAGAGUCGAAUUUUUCUCUUUUCCAACCAAUGAAGCUAAGUGGGUAUCCCAGAAACUUCUGUUCUCUGAAGGGGAGCACUCCAGGCCAUCACUAAAGAUGUGUCCAGGCAGAGAGUUAGCACACUUUCUACACUUUCUAGAAUUGUGGGUUUGUAGCAUUACUCUGAUUUUCUGUUAAUGAUGUCGGAGAAUGCUGGUAGUUUAAAAUUUUUAUUUAGGACUUAUUCGUACUAUGAAUUUUCAGGAACAGUAAAAGGAAUAACAGCAAAGAUAGGAUAUUUUGGACUUGAGAAAUGCCUGGCAUGUAUACUUUCCAAACCACCCCCUAUAUGUACAGUUCAGUUUAACCACUGAUUGCCUUGUUAUUUUCUUACUAGGUUCUUUUUGGGAUUAAAAAACAAAAUGCUGGUUUAAAACCAGCAUUGCCUAGUGAGUGUGUGUCCACAGGCCAUACAGGGUAGAAGAGAGACAGAAAGCAACCCAAUGAGUAGCAAAGAGAUUGUUGCUGAUGCAGUGGUGUACUGUCAUUUUCACGGAUUCAGUGUGCUGAUCUAGAGAAGCUGUCUUCUCCUUUGCAGAAGGCAGUAGUGACCGGGCUGCAUUGACCAAGCAAGUUGAAGUUCACCAUCCAGGGCUCUUGCACUCAUCAUCUAAAUAUUACUUAGUAGUGCUCUGCUUCUAAGGAUUUGAAUAAAGGCUUAGGGUCAUCUUGUCUUGCUGGAAUUUGCUAUGCAGAGCCACAAACUAACCGUUUUUUUUUUUUUAGGAUCAGCUAGGCCAGUAGGAAUGGACUGGGACUUGUCUCACACUGAUGAUACCUCAGACACGUUGGCUGGCUAUGUGAACUGCCUAUUUCCUAUGCCGGAGUUGUUUUGAUUUUUAACUAAAUGAAUAUCUGUAGAUUCUCUCCUCUCCCAUCCCAGAAAACAAAACAAAAUAAUGCUUUUUGAAACUUUUUAGAAUUUUAAAGUGAAAAAUGAUGGUACUCUCCAAAAUUCUUUGUUUUAGAACCUGACAAUAAAUUCUUUUACAUAGGUUCAAGAUCCAAACAGCAUCCCUCUAAACUCAGACUGUCUAUUGACUUCAAGGGUUUUGAUCAAUACAGUAACAAACUUUUUCCCUUUAACAUGCUCUGAUUUUGUUUGUGGGAGUGUGUGUGUGUAUGUGUGUAUAUAUGUGUGUGCAGUGUCCAGCAGUAUCAGUGCCUGCCUGAAAAUAGGAAAAUUACAUUCCUGGUUCUGUAUGAGGAGAAGGGUGUAUAAAGCGACAAGAAACAUUAUCCCUCAUUUUGUUUUAAAUUACAUACUAAUGUUAAUUGUUCUCAGAACUGGAUUUUCUUCCUCAAAAUUAAAAGUUCUUUUUUCUUUUGGAUUUAAUGAAGUAUUGCUAGCUGAAGCCAGUUUGACAUGGUGAGAGAGAUGUCAGACUGAUGAAAGGUGUGCAGCCUGAUUUAAAACCAAACCCCGAACCCUUUUAAAGAACAAUAAAACUUAUUUUACAUGCUG